AUGGCGAACAACAAUCGGGUCAGAGAAAUUGAGGAAGAAGCGGCGAUGCCGUUGUUGCAAAAGACCUCCGAGUCCGACUCGAUUCAUCCGAGGACCCAAACUGUUACCACGAAGUCCCGGAGGCUGAGGUGCACGUCUCGAGGUGCGCGAGAUCUCCAGCAUGGAUUUAAAUCGAUCUACGCGUUCACGCCCGAAUCGGGUCGGGGCGUGCCGAUCCGGUUCAACCCAAGGAAUGGCAGGUCGCUGCUCACUUACAGGGACGAUGCUGUUAUUUAUGUUGAUGGCGAGCCCAAUGUAAAAUUCAGAACAUAUAUUGAUACUUUGUGCUUGUUUUGUUGCAUUAUUUGGAAAUAA